AUGGCGGAUUCAAGCUUAGAUUCACACGAGAGGAUGAGAGGAAGAGAUGUGAAUAAAGUGGCAACAGGCCAGCAAGCUCCAAGACCAGUUCAUGAAUAUGGUGAAAUCACUCAAGCUCCACCUCAACCACCCGAUGACUCCCCGAUCAUCAACGUUGAUGAGUUGAAAACAGCUCCUUACGAUUAUCGUUUUCCUACCACUAACCAAACACGCCAUUGCUACACUCGCUACAUCGAAUAUCAUAGGUGUAUAAGAGCCAAGGGGAAGGAUGCACCAGAGUGUGAGAAGUUUGCUCGUUAUUAUCGUUCACUGUGUCCAUCUGAAUGGAUUGAGAGGUGGAACGAACAAUUGGAGAAUGGCACGUUUCCUGGUCCUCCUUAGCUGACUAAUUAUUAAGCUUAGUCUUCAAAAUACCUGGGUCUCCAUGGUGGAGUGUACCGUAGUCUAGGUUUAAUCGAGUAGUUAUUGAUCGGCUGGGAGGACAUUUUCUAGUCCUUGGUUUGUGCUCACUUUAUAAUGUCUGUCACGACUCAUGAUCAUUCCUAUUAUUAAGGUUUGAUCCUCUUCCCUUGAUUGGCCGCAACCGUACAAGGUUUUACGCUCGAACCGCUGACUGCAUAUGUUGCGAAGAAGCUACUGAUCAAAUUCAGCUGUGGGAAGAAAUCUCUAAUACAGUUAUUAGGCUUCAUGAGUAAGAAGCUUGUCUUCAUAUAUAUGUAAACUUUAUAUCUUGCAAGUUUAUGUAAAUGACUGAUCAAUGAUUGUUUUUCAGUUAUGUUUUCUUUUGUAAUUGUGAAAUGGAAAUAUGGAAUUAUAAUGAAGUUUUUGUUUGUAUA